UUCCCUGGUAAGGUCACCUGUCCCAAUCAGGUACGAUUCUGCCUUCCGUACCCCCGAGCCCCUCAGUGUAAAGUGGCAAAUGGUCUAGCCCGGCGAAGGCACCAGCUGGAGGCGGUGGCAGGGACACCCGCAGUGAAGGGCGGACCGCGCACGCAUGCGCAGAGGCGUGGCAGGGGGGCGGGAGCCGCGGAACCCCUACCCCAGGUCUGCGCAGGUGAGGAGGGGGCGGGGCAGGACCGACCUCCCUUGCCAUGAUAACCACCUUCGCAGCCGGCUCCCAGACCGUUGGCACCGAUUGCCUAGAAAAUAGGGGGUCUCAGGAGCUCCGUUUUAGCGUUUAUAUAUCCCAAUUCCAAUUAAGCCACUUCCAGUAUUUUUUGGCCAUUGUCAGUGUACAAGUCUUCCUCCUCUUCGAGACCAUGUUAUUGCAAUAGCAGCAAACGUGUUGGGAGGCCUCACAAUUCAUCGUGGUUUUUCUGGCCUCUGGCAGAUAGCUCCUUCCUAGCGAGCUGUGGAGCUUAAAGUCUUUUGGACACUUGAUUCUAUUCAAUCCAGUAUCAGACCAGGUCAUUGCUAGGAAGAACUCUGGGUACAAUAAUGAAUACAAUGUAUGUGAUGAUGGCUCAGAUCUUAAGAUCUCACCUGAUAAAGGCUACAGUGAUUCCUAAUCGAGUGAAAAUGCUUCCAUAUUUUGGUAUCAUUAGAAAUAGAAUGAUGUCAACCCAUAAAUCCAAAAAGAAGAUCAGAGAAUAUUAUAGGCUGCUGAACGUGGAGGAAGGAUGCUCUGCAGAUGAAGUCAGGGAAUCUUUUCAUAAGCUUGCCAAGCAAUAUCAUCCUGACAGUGGCUCUAAUACUGCUGAUUCUGCAACAUUUAUAAGGAUUGAAAAAGCUUAUAGAAAGGUGCUCUCCCAUGUGAUAGAACAAACAAAUGCCAGUCAGAGUAAAGGUGAAGAAGAAGAAGAUGUAGAAAAAUUCAAAUAUAAAACACCCCAACACCGGCAUUAUUUAAGUUUUGAAGGUAUUGGUUUUGGGACUCCAACUCAACGAGAGAAGCAAUAUAGGCAAUUUAGGGCAGACCGUGCUGCUGAACAAGUGAUGGAAUAUCAAAAGCAGAAACUACAAAGCCAGUAUUUUCCUGAUAGUAUAAUUGUUAAAAAUAUAAGACAGAGCAAACAGCAAAAGAUAACGCAAGCUAUAGAACGUUUAGUGGAGGACCUCAUUCAAGAAUCCAUGGCAAAAGGAGACUUUGACAAUCUCAGUGGGAAAGGAAAACCUCUGAAAAAGUUUUCUGACUGUUCUUACAUUGAUCCCAUGACUCACAACCUGAACCGAAUACUGAUCGAUAAUGGAUACCAACCAGAAUGGAUCCUUAUGCAAAAGGAAAUAAGCGAUACUAUUGAGCAACUCAGAGAGGCAAUUUUAGUGUCUAGGAAAAAACUUGGGAAUCCAAUGACACCAACUGAACAGAAACAGUGGAACCAUGUUUGUGAGCAGUUUCAAGAAAACAUCAGAAAAUUAAACAAGCGAAUUAAUGAUUUUAAUUUAAUUGUUCCCAUCCUGACCAGGCAAAAAGUCCAUUUUGAUGCUCAGAAAGAAAUUGUCAGAGCCCAGAAAAUAUACGAGACCCUUAUAAAAACAAAAGAAGUCACAGAUAGAAACCCAAAUAACCUUGAUCAAGGAGAAGGAGAGAAAACACCUGAAAUCAAGAAAGGUUUUUUAAACUGGAUGAAUCUGUGGAAAUUUAUUAAAAUACGAUCAUUUUGAUGUUUACUAUCAUAAA